AUGGAGGACUUGCAACCAAUCCCAUUGAUAUUGUGCAUGGAAAAUGCUGCUGGAGAAGAGAUAUCUCUCAGGAUUGAACCGGAAGAUGACUUCCAGACAUUUCUGGAGAAGGCCAAAUCUGUGCUAGGAUUCGAUGUGGACAUAAACUCCAUAACACGUAACCAACCCGUUUCACUAGACGACAAUAUCUACCAAUUUCUUAUCAACUCCGACCAGACUUACGAAACGGACUUGAACGCGCAGAAUUACGACCAAAUACUAGACCAGGCGGGCGAAAACGACGAUUUAGUUUAUGUUUUAGAUGACGGAACGCAAAUUAGGGCUUCGCAAAUCCAUUUCGAUAAUGAAGACCCGCCGGUUGAUCUGACAUCUGAAAAAAUACCGUUUGUCAAAUAUGCUGAUGCUGAACCAGAUGAGUUAGAUGUAGAAGUCAGUGGCGAUGUUGAUAUUAAAAACUACAAUAUAGUCGAAAGUCCAGUGUCCCGAUGGUCUAGUAAAAACUCCAGUCCUAAAUUCAGUUUUAUCAAUAACUUACCUUUUAAACUAGUUUGCAAUAACACCUCUGGGUUCGAAGCACAGUUCACGAAAUAUCUAGAAUCAUCUGCUGCGCCGAAAACGUAUGCGACUUUGAAUCCAGUCGUAAGUAGAAAUAAGUCUCCAAGAAGUCUUAUUAAUGAUAAUUUUAAGAAUUACAAUGAAAAUUUUAAUAGAACCGAUGAUUUUACUGCUUUUACUCGGGAGGAGAUCCUUAAUAUGUUUAAAGAUUCCCCGGUCGCGUCAUUGCCUUACAAAAACCCGGUUUUGGAGAAGAGGCGACACGUACGCAAAUCUGAUCCUUCGAGGGUUCAUAAAUCAUGGACAACUAGAUCAAAUUACGAUGACGGCGUUUUGAUCGUAGACAGUGAAAGUAAAGAUUGUUUCAUUUGCGGUAAAUACGUUGAGAACAAUCUAGAAAAGUUGUAUUUGUUUGACAAUGAAGACCAGAAGAUACACAGAGCGUCGCCACAGAAGAAAAUGUCCAGGCAAUUGAAGAUAAUUUGUGAAACUUGUUUGGGGGAAAAUUUCAGGCCUUGCAGAAUGAAAGGACCCAACCAGUGUUUGAACUCUGACGAGUAUUUAGUUAUAAGGAACAACCAGCAGUAUAUAUUUCAGAAGUUUACUGAUCUGUCGUUAAAGAAAGAGUUUAGCAAAGAUAUUACAGACGAUGUCGAAGCGAAAAACAAGAAGAUUGAAAAAGAUGAGUUUGUUAAAGUCGAAAUAGGAUCUGACGGUGAAAUUGUUACAAAAUCAUUGGAUAACAGCCCUGAUUAUUGCGAGGAUGUGAUUUUAAUUAAAGACGAUCCAAGUUCGAGUGAACCGGAAAUCGUGGAGCCGCAGGAAAUAGAUGACGCCAUAGACAAUUUGGACGAUGCGGAUGACGAAGUGAAAGAGUUUCUUGGGACGUAUAAUUGCGAUAACAAUGAAACGAAUGAGUUGAAAUGCCGAUUUUGCGACAUUAUCUUUCCUGCUAUUCCGGAAGUGAUGGAACACUGUGAGAUUCAUAAGCAUGAUAUUGAGGACGGCGUGGUGUAUCCGUGUCCUCUUUGCAAUUACGGUUACGCCAAUGUGAAAUGGCUGAAAGGGCAUUUGAAGGCGGCACACGAAAAACCCGAGAGAGAUUCACAGAAUAAGGAGAAUCCUACUGAAAUUGAUAAAGAAGAAUCUAAGUCACCGGCCCCUGGAUCCCCAAUAGCAAAGCGUACACGCAGUUCCAUAAAAAAAUCUGAUGGGGAAGAGAAAGAUACCCCAGAGCAAGCGAAUAAGGAAAAAGCUGAAACUGAUGAAAAGAAAGGGACAACGAUAGAAGUGGAAGUGAAACAAGAGAGUGUGAUGAGCAGUGAUGAUGAAAUAUGGAUCGUUCACACCGGCGAGGAACAGUUGGAGAAUAUUCUUCAAUCCAAACAGAGUGAAAAAGAAAAAGACACAAUGUCCUACAAGAAAACACACAAGUGUAUUAAUUGCAGUCAAAUCUUCACAUCGGCUGAAGCGUUCGCGUCCCACAAAUGUCGGAAACGAGGCAGGAAGGUCAGUGAGGAUGUUGUCAACAAGAAAGACGUUGUUAAGAGACCUCCAGGAAGACCGAGAUUGACUGAAAGAAAGCCUAACAACGAUUCUCUGAUUGAGAAACACCGUAAGAGAAAAAACAAGGCGCCCUCUUCGGACCCUCAGAUAGUGACGUGCGACGAUUGCAACGAAUCCUUCACGUCAAAAGUGCGUCUCAAAUUCCACAUGCAAUUCCACGAGACGCCCAGCCUGCUGACAGACGGUCGGUACUCGUGCACUGAAUGCGAUGGAAUCUCAUUCUCUACUGAAAGCGAACUCUUUGAUCACGUACAUUUCAAACACGACAAGCAGAAGAGAUGGCAGUGCCCUGUAGAAGACUGUGGGAAGACUUUUUAUUUGAGGGCGACGCUGACGAAGCACAGCCGAAGCCACACGGACACGCGGCGUUACGUGUGCGUCACGUGCGGGAAGCGCUUCCUGGACAAGCAGACGCUGGACGAGCACGGGGUCACCCACUUGCAGAUCAAGCCAUUCCAAUGUCACAUCUGCCUGAAGCAACUCACUCGUCGUUCUCGCCUCCGCAUGCACCUUCGAGCUCACGAGGAGGCGUUAACACCAAAAUUGGUGCUGGUCUGCGGAGUUUGCAAUAGAGCCUUCAGGGACCAGACUGAUGCCCAGGAGCACGCAACAAAAUCAACGGCAUGUAUAGAGAAGUUCGCGAGCGAAUUGAAAGAGGAAGGCGAGGAGACCCAGUUAUCACCCACCAGUGGGUUGGUGAGGAAAACUGUACAAGUUGUGGAUUCUCCAAAACUGUUGAAGCCUAUAAAACGUCAAGUGGACGACGCGACGGCGGAACCUCUGCUAUCCAAGAUGGCGGACGAGGCAAGGGCCAUCAUAAGGGUGGUGGAGAUCGAGAAGGCAUUCCGAUGCGAGUAUUGUGAAGACGUUUUUUAUCUGGAAGAUGGUUUGAACGACCACCGGCUGAUACACAAGGGGGUCAAGAACCCUUUCACAUGUCACAUUUGUAAAGUCACGUUUGCGACAUAUUCAAGAUGUACAACGCACAAAACGACUCACGGCUUCUACAAGCGCCCUCUAGCGGACAUGAAGAAGCAACUGGAGGCUAAUGUCAAACUUGACGCGGGGCCGAGCGCCACGGGAAUAUUGGGCUACGGCGGCUUUCCCGUGGUCAAACAUUUCUUGUGCGAGGAUUGUGGACGCUCGUACCUACAUUGGACCUAUCUCCAAGUGCACCGUCGUAUGAAACAUGCCAAUGAUAAUUUUCUUUACAAAUGCAACCAGUGUGAACUCACUUUUCCGCACAGUUGGAGUCUAGCCUAUCAUAGAAAGAAAAUACACUGCAAGGUAAUUGAAGAGGGUAGUGGUUCUUCUAAACCACCGAAAGACGAUUAUAGGAUCCCAUGUCGCCACUGCGACGAGUUGUUGCCAAACAAAACUGCCCUCUAUAAACAUAGGAAGAAGAAGCAUAGUGACGUGUCGUUAAAUAUAAAACCUGGCGAACUCUGGUGUGAAACUUGUGGUAAGCAGUUCUUCAGUCGUGGCGGUCUAGACGCACAUCAUAAGACUCAUCCACGUUGCAGUCGCCGGGAACAAGAUUCGAUGCCCGACGUCGAGGUAUCUUACGGUACCGUAGCAAACAGCAGAUCUUUUAAAAGGUCGACCGUCAUGCGUAACCAUCGCGCCGGCGGUCUCCCGGCGUGGUCUUGUUCGAGGUGCCCGAAGAGAUUUCGAUCUCGUAACGAUUUGAGAACGCACGUUAGAUUGAAGCAUCCAUCUUAUUUAGCUGUUAUUGAGAUACCGGGUCUCAACCCCACCCCUGAAGAUGUGAUGAGAGUGUUACGUCUGAAUGGCAUUCAGCACGAACGGAUUAUUGAAAUCACCAAAAUGUCUUUCGCAAAGGGAACGUCGAGUGUCGUACCGACGUGCGCCCGCGCAUUGUCGCUCCUGAAUCACGUGCUGCAGGAACCGGUCGAUUUCCAAUCGAAAACUGACACCGAAUACCCGCCGUAUAAUAUAGUGAAAUCGCCUCGUAGACCCAAGAUACUUCAACGCAGGGAGAGUGGCAGUCAUGAAAAUAAAUACCCCAUUUUGACAGGGGAGGUAAAAUUGCAUUUGUACUAA